CAGACAGAAAGACAGACAGAGGAGCAUCUCUUCUCUCGCAUCAGCAUCACGGGGUUUAAAUCGCUCUUUCUCCAUCACUGAGGCGGAGGCGUCUCUCUCUCUCUCUCUUUCUCUUUCUCUCUCUCUCUUUCUCUCUCUCUCUCUGUCAGUCUGUCUGGAAGACACUACACAUCGUCUUUGGAGUAGUAGUUGUAGUUUGGAGACAAUAAACCGGUUGCACUGCUCUUUAGGGGAAUCUCCGCUGUCAUCCCGGAAGACUCACCACAUUGUCGCCUCAAAGGAAGUUGAAGCAAACAGCUGCGUGUGCGUGUAAUUUGGGAGCCAAUCAAGCAGCCAUGGACGCCUUAAUGAAGGGCUUCUCUAAAGCCAAGGAUGGGGUCGUGGCAGCGGCGGAGAAAACCAAGCAGGGAGUGACUGGAGCAGCUGAGAUGACGAAAGAUGGGGUUAUGUUUGUCGGCACCAAAACGAAGGAUGGAGUCACAACAGUUGCAGGUAAAACUGUGUCUGGAGUGUCUCAGGUGGGUGGAGCCAUGGUUACCGGGGUUACCGCUGUGGCCCAGAAAACUGUGGAGGGCGCAGGUAGUAUUGCCGCUGCCACUGGACUGGUCAAGAAGGAUCCAGCCAAACAAAGUGACGACCCCUCAGCACCACAGAACAUGGCAGAGUCACCGGUUGAUACUGAUACUGCUGAUGUCACAGAGGAGGACACCGAUGACUAAGCUGAUUGAGAGGCUUCACAAUCAAAGAUCAAUGACCGAAAAACAUUCCAUGUCGCUCUGCCAAGUCCCAUCGUGCCUCGUUUUGGUCCUUUAUGAAGUCUGUGCCCAACGUCUGUGUGUGUGUCUGUGUGUGUGUGUAUGCGUGUGUGUGUUUUUUUCUGUCUGUGCUGUUACGUAUGUCCGUGCGGCAGUAUCUGUGUAAAUGUCGUAGUGAAAGAGAGGUGUUGUGUGAUUGUGUGUAUUCAUGUAUGUGUGCGUCUGCGUGUGCCUUUUGCACAUCAGUGAAAGGGACCUCAGGUGUGUGUCGUACGUGUGCGACCGGCUGUCAUUUACAGUGACUCCCUCCCACUGAGAAUGCCACCUGGUCCAUGUGUGUGUGUGUGUGUGUGUGAGUGUGUGUAUGUGUGUUUUCUGUCAACUGUGUGACUAUGUCAAUAACUCAAACAAGGAAAUAUACCACAAUUUACCACUUAAAGCACCUAAGUGUCUCUAUACAAAUGAACAAUUUACAGUGAUCUGUUUGAAAUGGAAGCGUAAUGAUAUUCUCUAUUUUUGUCUGUAUACUGUCGCUGUUUUUUGCGGUGGACUAUAAAGUGCUGAGCUAUUUGUGCAUUCAUAUUGUAUUUUUUAAGUUAUCACUGCUAAAACAAAUAUAUCUCAUAUUGAAUGGACUUUUGAAAACCAAGAGCAUGUAAAACAAUUCAGCGUGACAGCUGUGAUAUGGAUUUAUUUGGAUUUAAGUGUUGAAUAAAAUAUGUAAAAAGUG